GGACUCCACCCUCCCAUGCUGAAAUUGUGUGGCACGGUGGCCUUCUCGCCCAGUCUGGAGAGGCAGCCAGAGCAGACAAUGGGUUCCCGUUGUGCCAAGCUCGGCACAGGCCACAGCCGGGGCCACGAAUCCUCCAUGAAGAAGCUUGUGGCCUGCGUGAGUCAGGAUAACUUCUCCUUGUCGUCCGAGGGUGAGGAAGAGGAGGAGGGAGAGGAGGAGGGAGAGGAGGAGGAGGAGGAGGAGGAGGAGGAGGAGGAGCUCCCGGUGCAGGGCAAGCUGCUGUUGAUGGAGUCUGAGCAGCAGGAGGAGGGCGCUGAAGAAGAUCCCGUGGCCCAGCAGAGCCCGGAGCCCAAGCAGACACACUCCUGAUCCACGACGGUGGCCCAGGAAGAGGGGCCUGCCAGCGUUCCAGCGAGAAGAACUUUCAGAAAAGAGUCAAUAAAAAGUCUUCAAGGA